AUGGCAAAAGCUCUACCGAAACCGAAAUGUAAAAAGUGCGAAGAGAAGUGCGGCAAAGGGAAAACGAGUCCCGAGGUUUUGGCCCAAUUGGAGGCCGGCUACGAGAAAUUGGUCGAUUCGGACUCGCCCUCGAUGCUCAAACGGUUCCUCACCAAAGAGAUCUUCGACAAGUUGAAAUAUAAGAAGACCUCCUUCGGUUCCACCCUGUUGGACUGCAUCCAGAGCGGCCUGGAAAACCUGGACUCCGGGAUCGGGGUGUACGCCGCGGACCCGGAAUGCUACCAAGUAUUCUCGCCCCUCUUCGACCCCAUAAUCGAGGAGUACCACCACGUGAAAGCGACCGACAAACAGCCGGCUAGCGAUUGGGGUAACGCGGCCACCUUCGGGAACCUCGACCCCAAGGGGGAAUUCGUCAUUUCCACACGGGUACGGUGCUGUCGUACCAUCAAAGGGUACCCGUUCAAUCCGUGCAUGACCGAGGAGAACUACAAGGACAUCGAGAGUCAGAUGCAGGCGGCACUAAAAGAUCUGCCCGGCGAUCUGGCCGGUACCUACAACCCGCUGACCGGGAUGUCCAAGGAGGUGCAACAGAAACUGAUCGACGAUCACUAUUUGUUCAAGGAGGGCGAUCGGUUCCUGCAGUCGGCGAACGCGUGCAGGUUCUGGCCGACCGGGCGUGGGAUUUUCUUUAAUCAGGCGAAAACGUUCCUGAUGUGGAUCUGCGAGGAGGAUCAUUUGAGGAUCAUGUGCAUGCAACCCGGCGGGAACGUGGGGGAAACGUUUAAGAGGUUAAUCGCGGCAGUGGCGGAGGUGCAGAAGAAGGUCACCUUUGUUACUAGCGAGCGUUUUGGGUUUUUGACCUUUUGUCCCACUAAUUUGGGUACGACCAUACGGGCCUCGGUGCACAUCAAAGUGCCGAAACUGUCGCGGGACAUGGACAAGUUCAAAGAGUUGGCGGGCAAAUUCAAUUUACAGAUCAGGGGUACCGGGGGGGAGCACAGCGACAGUCCCGACGGCGUCUACGAUCUGUCCAAUAAGCGUCGCCUCGGGCUGACCGAGUACCAGUGCCUCAAGGAGAUGUACGAGGGCAUCACCGAAAUUAUCAAGGCCGAGAAAGGCGCCAAAUAAAGUCAAGUCUGAGGCAUCAGUCGA